AUGGACGGUUUUGUGGGCCAGACGGGUGCGGCAGGCCAUGCGGGCCUGUCGCUCUCCGACAUUCUGCAGCAGUCGCGCAAGCUCACGAACCAGCUCGGCCGCGACUCGGACCUGCCGUCGAUCCAGCUCGGAAUCGACCAGAUCGAAAGCCAGAGCCGGAAGCUGGCGAGCAAGAGCGUGCGCAACGGCAACCCCGCGGCGGACGCGCGCGCUCAUUACCUGCUUGCGAGUGGUGGCAUCGAUGCCGCCCAGCUCUCCAAUGCGAUCCAGCACACAAACAUUGCGAAUACCUUUGAGCCGCUCCAGCCGGUGUACGACACAGACAUGGAGGGCUUUAUCCAGCACGAGCACGAGCAGGUAAUCCUGAGCAUGAUCGAAGAGAGCCGCCGGCAGACGCUCGACGACUUCCAGCACAAGCUCGGCGACGGGCUGCACCAGGACUGGCAGAACCAGAAGCGACGCAUCCUCGAGGAGCUCGGCCAGCACAAGCUCGACGAGGGCGACACCGUGUCCGGCGUGCCGGGCGGCCUCUCGUUCCGCCGCUCGACGACCAGCAUGCCGAGUGUGCCGCAGUCGGCCGCGGACGAGGCGUUGAACGCGUCGGUGCUGCACUCGCGCAUCAUUCGCUACGAUACCGUGAUUGCGCGCCUGAACAAGGCGCGCGUCGAUCACGAGCCCAUCCCGCUCAUCCACGCUUUGAUGGAGAUCGUCGAGGGGAUCGUGCAGGAGCCGGCUCGCAAGCGCGGCCUGCUCGACGCAUGGACCGUGCUCAAAUACAUGGUCCACGAACAGGGCGCGCUGCCCAAGCCGGUGCAGGAGCGCGAGUACGCCGCGGCGUACAUGGACCUCGACGCGUUCCACAGCGCGCCCGGCCUCGCCCUCCGCAAAAAGUGGGUCGGCGGCGCGCGCGCCUACCUCGAGGCGCAGUUCGCCGAGUACAUGGAGCAGGUCAUUGCCGCCUCUCCGUUGCAGGCGCAGCGGGGCGGCGUGCCGACCGUGCGUGCGACCGUCGCGGCAUUCCUCCGCGCACAGCUGCGCACGCCGCAGAACGCGUGGGUCGCGGGCAUCGCACGCGAGAUGGACCAGUCGACCGACACGCCGCUCUGGGCGAACCUCUUUUACCUGAUCCGCUCGGGCCACGCGAGCGACGCGCUGCGCUGUGCGCACGAAAACGAGGCGAGCCUGCAGCGCGCCGACCCCUCGUUCCUGGCCUACUUCAAGGCGUGGAUCGACGCAGAGGACCGCCAGCUGCCCAAGAGCAUGAGGGAGCAUCUCAUGGCCGAGUACGUGACGCGCUUCCGCUCGGUCGCGCUCGACGCGCAGGACCCCUACCACUACACUCUCUACCGCCUCAUGGGACGCUUUGACACUGCGAAAAAGUUUCCGCAGCCGCUCGUGUCCAGCACGGAAAACUGGCUCUGGCUCCAGCUGUGCAUGGUCACGGAAUCCGCCGAGGGCGACGCGCAGGACCCCACGCUGCGCACGCACACGCUCCACGACCUCGCGCAGAAGCUCGAAAAGUACGGCGAGGCUCACUUUGACCCCAAGGGCACGCGCCCGCUGCACUACUUCCAGCUCCUCUUGCUCGUCGGCGAGUUUGAAAAGGCGAUUGCUUUUCUGCACGCGCGCGCAGCCUACCAGGUAGACGUGGUGCACUUUGCCAUCGCCCUGACCUACUACGGCCUCUUGCGCGUCCCGGCGGCGUCCGAGACGUCGCAGUUUGAUUACCUCACCGUCGUCCAGCGCGCCAAGGGGCCCGUGGCGCUGAUCGACUUUGCCAAGCUUAUCCAGCGCUACACGCGCCUCUUUGCGCAGUCGUCGCCGCGCGACGCGAUCGCCUAUAUUAGCCUCUUGUGCCUGAAUGCCAAGUGCCCGGCGCCAGUGGGCGGCGAACAGGUGCAGCGGUGCCACGAGCUGGUGCGCAGCCUGAUCCUCGAGGCUCCGUCGUCGUCCUUUGUCGAGCUGCUCGGCGACGUGCGCGCCGACGGCACGCCGGUGCCGGGUCUCAUUGAGCAGCACCUCGACGCGCUGCACCUCGGCGACAAGCGCGAAUUUGUGCGCAAGAUUGUCGAGUCCGCCGCGAAGCAGUGCGAGCGCGAGCAGCGCACCACCGACGCGAUCCUCCUCUACAACCACAUCGGCGAGCACGACACGGUGAUCUCGGUGCUGAACCGCGAGCUGGGCGCGACGCUCAUGGAGCCGGUCAGCCUGAGCGAGUGGCAGACGAACGUCGACGCGGGCUCCGCCGCGACGCUCUCGGCCGUCUCGAGCUUGGUGACGCUCGCGCGCGGCAUUCUCGCGAGCUACGAGCAGCACUACAACUAUCGGGGCGCGCCGGGCCUCGUGUGCCAGACGCUCCUGGGCCUCAAAAAGGCCGUGUCACUGUACAAUGACAACCAGCUGCUCCCGGCCCUGCAGACGCUCGAGGCGCUGCACCUGCUCCCGCUCGACGCCGAGGCGCGCAAGGACGUGGUAUCCAUCACGCGCAAGGCGGAGGAGUUCAAGACCUACGACGAAAACAUCACCAAGAACUUUUCCGAUAUCGUCCUGAUGGCCAUGACGCUCCUCUACAAGCUGCACCAAGAGCUCAAGAACUCGAUCACGCGCUCCAACUCGGGCGCGCUGUACGAGUACCGCAGCCAGGCGCGCGCGUUGAUGAUGUGGGCGGGCAUGCUCCGCUUCCGCAUGAGCAACGAGACGUAUAGCCAGCUGACGCGUCUCGAUGUCUAUAUCCACUAG